AUGGCCCUCUCAGCCAUCCCCCCAGUCUAUGUGCUCUAUGGCAUUGUAGCCGUGGGCGCGGUCAAAGUUAUCUAUGAGCUCUUCUUUUCUCCUCUAAGCCACAUUCCCGGCCCAUUCCUCGCCAAGUUUACCGAUUUGUAUCGAUGCGGCCUCACCCAUAUGGGCCAUGUCGACCGUCACAAGCGCAGAUGGCACCAGAAAUGGGGUCCCGCAGUGCGUGUCGGCCCCAAUGCGAUCAGCAUCAGUGACCCAGACAUGAUAAAGGUCAUUUACACCACCAAGAACCCAUGGCGCAAGAGCGACAUGUACCGCCCCAACGACGUCGUCGUCAACGGCCAGCGCAUCCAGAACAUCUUCAACACCCAGGACGCUCACUUCCACUCCAAGUACACCCGCCCCAUCGGCGGCUUCUGGACCCUGAGCAAGAUCCUUGACCUCGAGCCCGUCAUGGACGAGACCCUCUCGGAGCUCCUCGCCAACGUCGACGGGCGCUUCGCCUCCACGGGCGACGUUUGCAUGCUCGAGGACUGGAUCUCCUACUACGCCUGGGACGCGGCCGCCAACGUCAGCUUCGGCCGCCACUACGGCUUCAUGGACGAGGGCCGCGACGUCGGCAGCAUCAUCGCCGAGAGCACCGCCGGCCUGAAAUACUUCGCCCCCGUCAGCCAGCUGCCCCUCCUCGACGAGCUCCUCGACAAGAAUCCCGUGUGGCGCAUCGGUCCCCGGCCCCUCGUCAACGGCUUCAUGUACACCGUCCGCAUCCUCGCCGAGUACCGGCAGCAGGGCGAAGCCCGCCGCAAGAGCGUCGACCUCUUCAUCGACCGGUACAACGGCCUCAAGGCCCAGUACGACUUCGUCGACGACGCCCAGGUCACCCACUGGCUCAUGCUCAACGUCCUCGCGGGGGGCGACUCCACCUCGGGCGCCAUGCGCUCCGUCGCCUACCACGUCCUCAAGACACCCCGCGUCCACGCCCGCCUCGUCGCCGAGCUCGACGCCGCGGACCUCGUCCUCCCCGCGCGCUGGGCCGACAUCGCGCGGCUCCCCUACUUCGACGCCGUCAUGCGCGAGUCCUUCCGCAUAGCACCCGCCCUGGGGCUCAUGCUCGAGCGCGAGGUCCCCGAGGGGGGCAUCGAGCUGCCCGACGGCCGCUUCGUCCCCGCGCGCACGAAGAUGGGCAUCAACCCGUGCGUCGUCACGCGCGACCGCGGGCUCUUCGGCGACGACGCCGACACAUUCCGCCCGGAGCGCUGGCUGAGGGGGAAGGGCGAGGCCGAGCAGGAGUACACGCGGAGGGUGCGCCGCAUGCACGAGGCGACGGAUUUCAUGUACGGGCACGGGACGCGGGUUUGCAUGGGGAAGCACCUGGCCAAGGUGGAGAUGUACAAACUCUUCGCGACGCUGUUCGCUGCGUAUGAUAUUCGGCUCACCGACCCGGACCAUGAGUGGAAAUACCACAACUCUUGGUUCAUGUACCACAGCGACAUUCCCUGCACCUUCACUCGUCGCAACAAGGCGUAG